UUGCUGUGUGACUUCUGUGGUGAAGACACUGUAAACAAGCAGAAGGAGAAGAAGGGCAGAGACAAACACAGCAGGAGGAAGGGACUCGUAUGUCAGCUUUGGAUGCUGGAAACAUCCGACCCAGGGAAGUGAUUAUACCUCUCUUUCACCUGAAGACAUCAGCAGAUCAAAAGAAGAGUGUUCUGUGGCACACGUACGCAUCAACAUUCAAACUGCAGGUUUGGAGUUGAUCCAGGAUGCAGUCCUACCUUGCUCUGCUGCUGGGGAUUGUGGCCUCCGCUGCUUCAGCAGAAUGGAGGCGUCCACUGAUUAAGUUCAACUCAAAGGUGGUGGGGAGUUCUGAGGUGGUGGUCAGACCUGGGACCCCCCUGGAUCUGAGAUGUGAAGGUGACGGGCCUGUAAACUGGCAAACGAGGCUAGCCAAACACAGACGCUAUGUGUCCAGGGGCAACGGGAAAGCCCGCACCUUGAAGGUGGAACGUCCCUCUGCAGAAUUCACUGGGACAUACAAGUGUUAUUACACAGCGGCUGGGCUACAGCACCUGACCUCCUCAGUGCAUGUGUACGUAAAAGAUCCAAACCGUGUGUUCUGGACCAGCAGCACAUCCCUGCGGGUGGUGAAGAAGGAGGGUGAGGAUUACCUGCUGCCCUGCCUGUUGACUGACCCAGAAGCCACAGACCUGGGCCUCCGCAUGGACAACGGCACCUCUGUGCCCCCUGGGAUGAACUUCACAGUUUACCGGCACCGAGGUAUUCUCAUCCACAAGCUCCACCCCAGCUUCAACGCCGACUAUGUCUGCACAGCGAGGAUCAACGGAGUGGAGAAGACCUCCAAGGCCUUUUCCAUCAACGUCAUUCAGAAGCUUCGUUUCCCACCAUAUGUCCUCCUGGAGACAGAGGAAUAUGUGCGCAUUGUCGGGGAGGAACUCAAGAUUCGCUGCACAACACACAACCCCAACUUCAACUACAACGUCACCUGGAAAUACACCACCAAAUCGAAACCUUUGAUAGAGGAGCGGGUUCGCUCCAGCGGAGAAAAUCGCUUGGACAUUCAAAGCAUACUGACCAUCCCUGCUGUGGAUCUUGCAGACACAGGAAACAUUUCCUGCACAGGCACAAAUGAAGCAGGGGUGAACAGUUCAACAACAUACCUGCUGGUUGUAGACAAGGCCUACAUCAGGCUGCUGCCCCAGCUGUCCCCUAAACUGGCCCACAAGGGUCUUUCAGUGGAGGUGAACGAGGGAGAAGAUCUGGAGCUUAACGUGCUCAUCGAGGCGUACCCCAGCAUUACAGAGCACAGAUGGCACACCCCAACAUCUCCGAACACGUCCACACAGGAGCACAAGCUCAUCAUCUACAACAACAGAUACCAUGCUUCUCUGCAGCUGAAGAGAAUGAAUGCGCAGGAGCAGGGACAAUACACCUUCUACGCCAAGAACAACUUGACCAAUGCAUCCAUCACAUUCCAAGUCCAAAUGUAUCAGAGACCUGUUGCUGUGGUGAGAUGGGAAAACAUAACCACACUCACUUGCACUUCAUUUGGCUAUCCUGCUCCCAGAAUCAUCUGGUACCAGUGUCUUGGGAUACGGCCUACGUGCAAUGAGAACACCUCAGGGCUGCAGAUGGCCAUCCCUCUCCAGGCUCCCACAGUGGAGAUCCAGAGGGAGGAGUACGGGGCCGUGGAGGUGGAGAGCGUCCUCACCGUGGGGCCCUCGAGCCGCAGGAUGACAGUCGAGUGUGUGGCCUUCAACCUCGUCGGCGUCAGCAGCGACACAUUUGCCAUGGAGGUUUCCGACAAACUCUUCACUUCCACCUUGACUGGAGCAGCAGGCAUCCUGACCAUCCUCCUCCUGCUUCUGGUUUUUCUGUUAUACAAAUAUAAGCAGAAACCCAGGUAUGAGAUCCGUUGGCAGAUCAUUGAAGCAAGAGAUGGAAACAACUACACGUUUAUUGACCCCACUCAGCUGCCUUACAAUGAGAAGUGGGAGUUCCCAAGAGACAAGCUGAAGCUAGGUAAGAUCCUGGGUGCAGGAGCUUUCGGAAAGGUCGUUGAGGCCACAGCCUAUGGCCUGGGAAAGGAUGACGAUGUGUUGCGCGUAGCUGUGAAGAUGUUAAAAGCCAGUGCUCAUUCAGAUGAGAGGGAAGCUCUGAUGUCAGAGCUGAAGAUCCUGAGUCACCUGGGACACCACAAGAACAUCGUCAAUCUCCUGGGAGCGUGCACCUAUGGAGGGCCAGUGCUUGUGAUCACAGAGUACUGCAGCCUCGGCGAUCUCCUGAACUUCCUUCGCCAGAAGGCAGAGACGUUUGAGAAUUUUGUUAUGAACAUUCCCAAUAUUACGGAGGACUGUAAUGACUACAAGAACAUCUGCAGUCAGAAACAGUUCAUCAGAAGUGACAGCGGGAUCUCUAGCACAACUUCAAGCAGCUACUUAGAGAUGAGACCCAGCCAGCUGCCAAAUACAGAAUCAUCUCCAGACUGUGUGUGCAGUGAGACUGGUGACUGGCCUCUGGACAUUGAUGACUUGCUGAGAUUCUCCUACCAAGUGGCCCAGGGCCUUGAGUUUCUUGCUGCCAAGAACUGUAUUCACAGAGACGUGGCUGCAAGGAAUGUCCUCUUGACCGAUCGCAGAGAGGCCAAGAUAUGUGACUUUGGCCUGGCGCGUGACAUCAUGAAUGACUCCAACUACGUGGUGAAGGGCAAUGCCCGUCUGCCAGUGAAGUGGAUGGCUCCAGAGAGCAUCUUUGACUGCAUCUACACCAUCCAGAGUGACGUCUGGUCCUACGGCAUCCUCCUGUGGGAGAUCUUCUCUUUGGGCAAGAGCCCCUACCCCAGCGUGGCUGUGGACUCCAGGUUCUACAAGAUGGUGAAGCGUGGCUACCAGAUGUGUCAACCAAACUUUGCCCCUGCUGAGAUCUACAUGAUCAUGAAGAUGUGCUGGAAUCUGGAGCCGACAGAGCGUCCAACGUUUAGCAAGAUCAGUCAGAUGAUCGAAAGACUACUUGGGGACCAACUUGAGCUCGAACAGCUAAUCUACCAGAAUGUGCAGCAGCAGGUCACUGAGGGUGAAGUGUGUGACGAGCCCAAGUGCUGCGACGGCCCCUGUGACCAGUCUUGUGACCACGAGGAAGAGGAGCAGCCUCUGAUGAAGACCAACAACUACCAGUUUUGUUGAUCGCCCUAAGCCGCCGAUCAAUCAGUGAAUCAAUCACUCAUCAACAAGCAUCAGGAAAGCGCUAUCAGCUGUGGCUCGUGGCCAGAGUACCACUGCUUGUUCUAACCGCUGGACAGUCGCAGAGAGUCGCCUUCACAGCUAUUUUUUGCCUGUUGUGCCUGCUCGCCAGACAGACAAGCAGCUGCAGCAAGCAUGUGACUUGCUUCUUUGCAGACCAUGACUACAAAUUGCCACGUCUAAUGACACCGACUGCAGACAUGAAAGGAGGAAACAUGUCAACAGACCGCGAAAGCAUCCAAAGCUGUACCUUAUCCUAAAUGUUACCCCCUCACGUACUGUCUCUCACUCCUUCUGAUAUGUAUUUGAGGUAUAAUCUGUUAACUAAAGGAGAAUCUUUUUGUCAUUUCUUAUUUUCUUAUUAUAAACUCUGUGUUUAUUACUUUUUCUUUUUUUUAUUAUUGCCGUGACAGUGAAUGUUUUUGUAGAGAUUUUUUGUCAGCAGGUUCACUUCCUUCUCAUCAUUUCAUUGCAUGUAUGCUUUCUCAGAGGAAGCAACCCAAAAGUCACAAACACUGCGUCCACAACAACAACCACUUUGUGACUUCUUAUCUUCAUGUGCUCCAGACAAGUUGGUUUUUAUUCCCACAUCACCUUAAUUAAACAUCUAAACAGUGCGAGUGUUUUUCCCUGUUUUAAACACGCUGGUCAUAGCUGUAUCUCUUGUGACACACUUAACAGCAGCUGUCAGUCGCAACAUGUGAUUGUUCCACUUCCAUCUAAUUAAUUAAGCAGCGGUCAGUGUGAUUUAGGAGCAGCGAAUACAACUGAAUUGAGCAGGGAAAUCUGUGGAUCCCUUAUGGAUCAGAUGAACAAUGAUUCAUGUCUGACAAUGUGAAAGUUUCUUUUUUCUUUAUUUUUGCAUGGCACGACUUAAUCUUCUCAUUUUCUGUAGAGUUAGACGAUUAUUAGGAUGUAAGCUUCAUUUAUGUCUGUAUGUAGCAGUCAGCCUACACUGCCAACUGUUUGAAGAUUUCAGAAUGAUAUAUAAGCUAUGUGAGAGAUACAGACUGCAUAUUUGUGUGACUUCAGGCAUUUUAAAUGUGCUUGCAUCUGAAUGAAACAAGAGUGAGAUGUCUGAUAAUGUAUAUAUCUCAUGAUGUAAAUCAAGAAUUAUCUUUAUUUUCGCUGGAAUGUAGAAUAGAUAGUACAUCAAUAUGUCCAUGUUGUUUUUAUUUGUGUGCAAAUGAGAUAAUCAAUGCAAAAGCUGCAAAUUAAAUCACUGGAAAAUGCUUUGAACGAAGCUUUACCACUGAACCUUUGGACUGUAGGGUUUUUUUAUAUGCUGCCGAGAUGAUGAUAUGGUGCCAGAUAUUUCUAAACUACAUUUUUCUUUGUUGUACCUCACUGAGCUGAUAGAAACUGUGCAGCCUUUAAGUUCCUCUCUCCUCACUUCCUAUUUUUGUUGUUCUGGAUCACGUCCAAUCUGCAUUUCCUCUGGAACGUUUCCCACAGUAUCUGUCAACAUUGCACAACUCUGAAAACUUUGUAGGGAAGUAUUCAUCCCCACCAGAAAGUCUACAUGCUAUCCCUCCUUUGUGAGGUUUCAGCUGAAAUCAUACUCCUUUAUGUGCUGCCAGACUUUCUGAGGUACAUUGUGAUGUCAUUGUUCAGUUGUCUGUCAAGACACUGAGAUAUUCACAGUGUUGGAAAGGUUACUUUGAAAUGUGAUAGGUUACAGAGUUACCCUGUUAAAAAUAUAGUAAGUCAUGUAUCUAUUUUUAUUACUUCAUCAAAGCAAUGUAUCACAUUUGACUACUUUUUGAUUGCUUUUCUAACAAAUGUUAUACACUGGGCAAUAAAGCUGAAAAAUGUUCAGAAAUAGACGAUGCCAAAAGAAGGUAUUACUGCACAGGAGAAGAUCCAAAGAAACAGAAUGAAUGUUUUAUUCUACAUAUAAACUUUUUACUGAAAAGAAAAGAUUUGGAUGUAACUUGUUGUUGUAAUUUUGAUCAGUAUUUGUAAUUUAAUUACUUUUUUCUCAGUAACUUUAACAGUUCAUCUUGGGACCAGAUGUUACAAUCCCUGAUGCACAUGCUUGAGACUGUUAGUGGGAGUAAUAGUGCCGUACGAGUGGGAGUAGGAUGAAGAAGUAGAAAAGAGCAUAGGGAAGUCAGAGCCAAGGAGAGACUGUCAGUUACAGUUACAUUUAUUUUGUAAUCGGCCCAACACUGGAUGUUACUUAACUGAGUUAAGUGUAACAACCUCCACAGUGCUUUUGUUGCUUUGCAAGUGUCCUCCUCUAUUCUUUCCUUCACUUGCCUCAGACUUUAAUGUCUCCUUGUAACUUCUUCUUUGUCAGAAAAAAGAUCAGUUGUUAUUUCAAUGAUCUUAUGAGCAACACCACAAACACAUUCCUGAGGUCUCCUUAAGAAACAUCCUAAAUCUGAAAUCCUCUCUUUUCUCAAGUUUAGGAUGACACUUAGCUAUUAAAGAACUGUAAUUUUCCUAAAGUAGGAUGGCAUAUACUCUGCCGUAAUUCAAAAUAACUGUCACAAAUGACAGCAGCACUGUUGUUAGGUCUGUGCAGCAGUGAAUGGGGAACAACAUGAACACUUCAGUAAAAUGACUGAGUGGCAACACAAACAGUAUGAUGAUGACACUUUAAAUUUUCCAGACCACGUAUAUAUAGAUAUUUGGGUCAUUCAUUCAACUGCGGUCUCUUUUGGUUUGGAAACUUUUUAGAAAAUCUAAUACAUAUUUUGGGAAAUGUAACGAUACAAAAUUGUCAGUAAUAUAACACUGUCGUUAUUAUUUCCAACCCAGUGUUGGGAAGGUUACUUUUGAAAUGUAAUAGGUUAUAUUCUACAUAUUAACCUUUUACUGAAUAUACUUAAAUUUAACCCCUUUGUAAUGAACAACAGUUUGAUAGUCACAUUAAUUAAAUUAGCCAACUUAUUUUUUCUCAGUAACUGUAACUGAUUACAUUUACAUUUAUUUUGUAGUUUAAUUACACGGAAAUGAUGAGAAGCCUGCGGAGCUAGUUCAGGCAGACAACUCAAGUGCGCCAAUCCUGAUCAGCUGAUCAGCCACAUGCUCUCCCCAGCUGAUAGGGCGGGCAAUUUAAACCCCUUGUGCUUACCUGAUCAUUCCUUGCUACUCUGCUGCUGCAUGGUGCUACUGCUGCUCUGCUGCGUUCUGCUGCUCUCACUGCUGCUGCCGCUGCUGUGUGCUGCUAAUGAAGCUUCUCAAAUCCCACCACCUCCCCAGCAUCCACCUGUGGGCUCUGUUUCUAGGAUCCCCAGCUGGGGGUCUGCUAUUCAUUCCCUGUAAUGUCUGUCAUGAAGAUCAUUUUCAGGGAAUGAAUAAAUUGAGAUAGAGCCUGACGCCGAUCAGUGCUCUGCUUCAGUAUGCAAAUAUUUAUGCUCAAUAAAAAUGCUAAAUUUAAUCCAGAGUUGUCUGACUGAACUACUUACAUGUAACUGUCCAACACUGCCAUUACCACGUGUCUUUUCCAUCACAGUGAACAAAUAAAAGGAAAUGACUGUGGUGGGGAUUAAAUAUUGUCUCAGAUUUAAAGACAUCUCAUGAUAUGUUACCUUGCUGAUGUCUGAU